AAUUUUUAUUAUAUCUCAAAUUAUUAAGAACAUAAUCUAAACACGCGUAAUAAAGACCUGAUUACAAUUAUCAUAAUUUCAUCAGCGGUGAAUUCCUGUUUUUAUCAGCGUGCGAGUGUCUUUAAAACAAAAUUAUUAAGAAUGAGUUUUAUGCAACAUGGAAGGGCCCGACUGAGUACUCUUUCACAUUUUGGACAAAGCAACGAAUUUUCCUAUUUAAGUUGUACUUCACACUUUCACACGCGCACCAAAAGGACGUUGGCUUCUUAUCUUAACCUUCGACAAUGUGCACGUUAGAGAAGCGAGGCAGUUUAUUCAUUUUGACAUUCAUCGGUGACGGGGAGCAUAGGCUGAGCCCUACUCUCAUCGAUUCGGUGCUAUCGGCUCUCUGCGAAGUCAAAUCCAAGGCCACUCGCGGCUCAGUUCUUAUCACCACAUCCCAAGGCAAGUUCUUCUCCAAUGGCUUCGAUCUUGCCUGGGCCAAAGCCGCUGGAUCCAGUUCUAAAGCCAUGGAACGCCUCCACCACAUGGUCGUCUCCUUCAAGCCGGUCGUCGCUGAGUUGAUAUCCCUCCCUAUGCCCACGGUGGCAGCCAUCCAGGGCCAUGCCGCGGCCGCUGGAUUCUUAUUGGCUUUAAGCCACGACUACAUCCUCAUGAGGAGUGAUAAAGGCGUGUUGUAUAUGAGUGAGGUUGACUUAGGGCUUCGGUUGCCGGAUUAUUUCGCGGCUGUUUUUCGAGCUAAACUCCACGCGAUUUCUGCUCGGCGGGAUGUCCUCCUGGGAGGUGCCAAGGUGAAAGGGGAGCAAGCGGUGAGGAUGGGAAUCGUAGAUGCGGCGUACGACAGUGAAGGAAGCUUGGCUGAGGCUGCGACGCGCCUGGGGGAGGAGUUGGCAUCAAGGAAAUGGAACGGCGACGUCUACAAAGAAAUAAGGACGAGCCUAUACCCAGACCUAUGUGGCGUGCUGGGAUUGGGUGAAGGGAAAUUUCUAGCUAAACUUUAACCAAAAGAAAUUGUCGUUGGAGUGCUUGGAAAGUCUUGAACUCGGAUUAAAGAUGCAGCUUCAAUAUAUUUCAAUGCGCUGCCAUCAAAGGCUUAAGGGUCACGGCACAUACAAUCAUGUUUGGAAAUUUUAACACAUUCCUUGAGUGCUUUGCUUUUCCCCCAUUUCCAAAAGGAAAAUAACAAACUAGAUUUCACCACCUGAAGAUAUCAGGAUUUAUAUAGACAAAACUAUCAGCAUAUAAUUACCCCGAUUGUCAAAUGUUUCUGGCAAAACAAGUAUGGCAGCAUACAUGUUUCUUUCA